AUGAGCGAUGUCUUCCAAGCGUUUGCAGUGAUGAUGCAGUCGAGAUCUCGUGCAACUCUGAGUUAUCGGGCACAAGCAUAUGGACAGCAAGAAAAGCAUCUCAAGACUUCGUUCCAAUUUUAUGGAGAAGAUCCACUCCAACAGGAUUGGAAUAAGAUCGUUCAACACCUAGUGUUUGCCAUCAACACAUCUAUAGACACACCAGGAAAGAGACUCCCUUUUAUCUGGUCCAUGGAUUGGAUGCGCAGUCAACUCUAA